GAGGUGGCGUUUCAUUCUGACUGAAACCCCUAAAAAACCCCGCUUCUCUUCACUUGCGUUCUACUUCUCCUCACUCAUUUCUUUGGUUCGUCACUUUUGCUUCUCUCGAAGAUGUCUCUGCGAGUGCUGAACCCUAACGCCGAAGUGCUGAACAAAUCCGCAGCACUUCACAUGAACAUCAAUGCCGCCAAGGGUUUGCACGAUGUCCUCAAAACCAACCUCGGUCCCAAGGGAACCAUCAAAAUGCUCGUUGGUGGCGCCGGUGAUAUAAAGCUUACCAAAGAUGGAAACACUCUCUUGAAAGAGAUGCAAAUCCAAAACCCGACGGCGAUUAUGAUCGCGAGGACGGCUGUGGCACAGGAUGAUGCUAGUGGAGAUGGCACCACUUCCACUGUCAUCUUCAUUGGUGAACUUAUGAAGCAGUCUGAGCGUUACAUUGAUGAAGGUAUGCAUCCUCGGGUAUUGGUUGAUGGUUUUGAUAUUGCAAAGAGAGCAACUCUGCAAUUCCUUGAAAAGUUUAAGACUCCUGUGGUGAUGGGUGAUGAGCCUGACAAAGAGAUUCUCAAGAUGGUAGCAAGAACAACUGUCAGGACAAAGUUGUAUGAAUCACUUGCAGAUCAAUUGACUGAUAUAAUUGUCAAUGCGGUUUUAUGCAUCCGGAAGCCAGAGGAAGCAAUUGAUCUGUUUAUGGUGGAGAUUAUGCAUAUGCGGCACAAGUUUGAUGUUGACACACGCUUGGUUGAGGGUCUUGUCCUUGAUCAUGGUUCUAGGCACCCUGACAUGAAGCGGCGUGCAGAGAAUUGUUAUAUCUUGACAUGCAAUGUAUCUUUGGAAUAUGAGAAGAGUGAAGUAAAUUCAGGAUUUUUCUACUCAAAUGCUGAACAGAGAGAGGCAAUGGUUGCAGCUGAAAGACGACAGGUUGAUGAAAAAGUUAAAAAAAUCAUUGAACUGAAGAAAAAGGUUUGUGAUGGUAGCGAUAGCAAUUUUGUUGUCAUCAACCAAAAAGGAAUUGAUCCUCCAUCAUUGGACAUGCUUGCAAGGGAAGGAAUAAUUGCCCUUCGAAGAGCAAAGAGGAGAAACAUGGAAAGAUUGGUUUUGGCCUGUGGAGGAGAGGCAGUAAACUCUGUAGAUGAUUUGACUCCCGAAUGUCUGGGUUGGGCAGGAUUGGUAUAUGAGCAUGUCCUUGGUGAAGAGAAAUAUACAUUCAUAGAAAAUGUGAAAAAUCCUUUUUCCUGCACAAUCUUGAUUAAAGGUCCUAAUGAUCAUACAAUAGCUCAGAUUAAAGAUGCCAUACGCGAUGGUUUGAGGGCCGUAAAGAAUACCCUUGAAGAUGAAUCUGUUGUAUUGGGUGCAGGUGCAUUUGAAGUUGCUGCUAGACAAUAUCUGAUGAACGAAGUUAAGAAAACAGUUCAAGGGCGUGCUCAACUUGGUGUUGAGGCUUUUGCUAAUGCACUUCUCGUGGUGCCCAAGACACUUGCCGAAAACUCCGGGCUGGAUACUCAAGAUGUGAUUAUUGCCCUUACGGGAGAGCAUGACAAAGGGAAUAUUGUGGGGUUGAGCCUUAACACGGGAGAACCUGUAGACCCUGCAAUGGAGGGUAUUUUUGACAACUAUUCUGUGAAGCGCCAAAUCAUAAACUCAGGGCCGGUUAUAGUGUCUCAGUUACUGGUGGUGGAUGAAGUAAUUCGUGCUGGUCGUAACAUGCGGAAGCCAACCUAGAUGUUCUUUCUUGAAGCUUCUCUUUUGAAUAGGGUGUGCCAUGAACUUUAUUUAUUUGGAGGUGCCAGAAGGAUUCUUUGGGAUUGUAAUGACUCAUUUUAAUCUUCUCCGGUGAAACAUUGUUUGGUUCUGGUUUUUUUUUUUUCUUCAUUUAUAUUUUUAUUCUCUCGAUGACGUCAUGUAAGUGUACUAUGGCUGAAUUUUGGGUUCCAACUAAAAUUUGUAAGCAUAAUUUGUUUUGUAGAAAAUUAGUUGAAAGAAUGCUUUACCUUAGUAGUUUUUGCUUUAACCAGCAGCAUCUCUCUGAAGGGCUCAUACACACGAGCAACCACAGGGUCCAUGCUAGCAUCUUAUUUGUAUUUUGUUUGAAACGUGGAUGACAUUGAACUUAAAUUAAAUUUAAGUCGCCUAUUCCAACUUCCAA